GUUGAAGUGGAGCUACAUCUUUUAAUUCACCGAAGAAGAACCUGUAGCAAACAGGUCGUGUCUGUUAUUGUUUUUAAACAUCUUCUCCAUCUGCAACAGAAAAGAUACCAUGCCUGUUAUCUGUGCGGCGAUAGGGUGCAACAAUAAGUUUGUGAAAGGGUCGGAGAUCAGAUUUUACAGGUUCCCGCUAAGCAAACCUCAACUCGCCAGCAAAUGGGUGCACAGCCUGGGGAUGAAAAACUUCAUCCCAACUGCCAACACUUGCCUCUGCUCGGAGCAUUUCAGGCCCGACUGCUUCAGGGACUACAACGGCAAACAGUUUUUGAGGGAGGAUGCCGUGCCCACCAUAUUCAUUCAGGGGCAGGACUCAAAGAUUGAACUUCGUAAAAGAGGGGUGGUACCAAAGGAGACAAAUGUUGUGAAUCAAACGGCAACACAAGCAGACAGAGACCGAGCAAGAGAUGCCGUCAGUCAACGCAGAGACAGGAGAGGAGGAAUGAGGGGGGGACGAGGAGGCCGUGGAGGGAAACAGCCCUCUGACAGACAGUGUAUUGGAGCCAAGAGCAAAGUGUACGACAACAAAGGUCGACUGCUCUCUAACAGUAAAGACAUGUGCGACUGCCUGGAUGUGGACUGUAUGGGCUGCUUCUACCCCUGCAAAGACUGCAACUCUCGCAAGUGCGGGGUCGAGUGCCGCUGCGACAGGAAGUGGCUUUACGAGCAGGUGGAGGUUGAGGGUGGCGAGAUCAUCCGGAACAAGUUUGCUGUUUAGUCGUCAGAGAAACUGGGAAUAUGAACUUGCUUUCCUUAAAUUCAGCCGAUGGACGGUCCAACACUGGGAUGCUUUUUUUAAAGAGAUCUCUGAUAAUAAUCAGGUCUUGCAAAGUAACUGCCUGUGGUAGAAAACUUUGCAGAUUAAUAUUAACAUUACGAAUUGUGAUGAAUGUGCUUUUUUAGUCGAUGCCCCGGUUUUCUUUGUUAUUGAAAUGUUUUUCCUGUUGUUGAUUUAUGCACACAUUGUAUAUAUUUCUGGAAUAAAAACUAGUUUGGACCACAAA